AAAGCCGAUUGGAAAGUCGAACGGGCGUGCGCCUUUUGGUUUGAGUCGGUUCCUGCGUCGGUCGGUUCUUCUAUUUCCACACUCCUUCUUCAUAUACUUCCUUCAUCCACAUAGCACAUAUCGCUGUUAGUUUCCCAGAAGAACCUGGUCCGCCACUGAACGUUGCCAUUCCUCUUCAGCGAUUCAUGUAGCUGAUUCCCUCUUUUUUUUUCUUUGUUUUUUUGCCAUUCCUCAAGUCCUGCCUAGUCCACAGUUAACUUCAGCGCAGAGACAGACGCACGGUCCACUAACAAAAAAACGAGAGGGCACAUUUCAACCAGCAGAAUGGCCCGUCCACUUAAUCGAGAGAAAGCAGAGGCCGAACUUCAGGUGCAUAUUAAAAAGGCGACCAGCCCUGAAGAGACCGCACCCAAGCGAAAGCAUGUCAGAGCUUGCAUCCUCUACACAUGGGAUUAUCGCUCAUCAACUUCGGUCUGGCAAGGAUUCCGGACACAGCCUCUGCUGGGCGAUGAGGUUCAGACCUUCAAGGCGCUUAUCGCUAUCCACCAGAUUAUCCGUGAAGGCCAUCCAACGGCAUUGAAGGAUGGACAAAGGGAGACAGACUGGCUUGACCAAUGCGCUCGUUCGACGGCACAACUCUAUGACAGUCGAGGAUAUAUUGCGUUGAUCCGUUCGUAUGUCGAUUUCUUGCACUCGAAGCUCCGAUACCAUAGCAGCCAUCCCGAAUUUAACGGACAGUUCGACUACAACGAAUACGUAUCACUGAAAGGAAUCGACGAUCCCAAUGAAGGGUACGAGACAAUCAGCGACUUGAUGAACCUCCAGGACCAGAUUGACCAGUUCCAAAAACUCAUCUUUACAAACUUUCGCCCGUCCUCCAACAAUGAGUGUCGGAUCGCCGCGCUCGUACCGCUCGUGCAGGAAUCCUAUGCCAUUUACCAAUUCGCUACCAGCAUGCUACGCGCCAUGCACAGACGCACGAGUGAUCCCGAAGGUUUGGUCCUUUUACGACAGCGCUACAAUUCUCAGCACUACGCGCUUUUAAAGUUCUACUACGAAUGCUCCAACCUUCAGUACUUGACCCGACUCAUCAGUGUCCCCAAACUGCCCCAGGACCCUCCCGACCUGAUCGGGGGCGACUCACCCCCGUUAUUACCAGCCCGUCAGGCUGCACCACCCACCCCGGCAAGACCGGACAGCCCACCUCAAUCUUCUGGCGUAGAUUGGGCAGAGCAGCAACGAGAGAUUGCCCGGAAACAGCGCGAAUACGAACUAGAACAGCAGCGGCUGCAGCAACAGCGGGAACUGGAACAGCAACAACAACAUAUGGAGGCAUUGCGACUACAACAGGAGUACGAUGAACAGAAGAGGCUGCAGAUUGAACGGGAGCGGUUGGAAAGAGAGCAGUUGGCGAGGGAGCAGAUACAGAGACAGGCCGAGGGUCGGUUGGCGGAACUGGAGCAGAACGUGUUGGCGCUACGGGGGCAGUAUGAGCGCGACCAGAUGCUGAUCGAUCAGUAUGACAGGAGGGUCAAGGGACUGGAGCAGGAGAUGCAGCUGAUCAAUAUGAAUGCACAGCAACAGCUGAUGUCCAAGGAUGAGAUGAUCCGUAGUAUCCAUGAUCAAAUCAAUAUAUGGAAGACAAAGUACGAAAGCCUUGCCAAAUUGUACUCGCAACUGCGUCAAGAACACAUGGCCUUGCUCAGCAAGUUCAAGGCUGUGCAGCUCAAGGCCAAUUCUGCACAGGAAGCCGUCGACAUGAUGGAAAGGAUGCAAAAGGAGAUUAAGGACAAGGCACUGCAGAUGGCGGAUAUGGUCCGGGAGCGCGAUCGUGCCAAGAACGAAUUGCUCCGGUGGCAGAACACACAGAACGAUGAGAUUGCGCGGCUGAAGAAGGACCUGGAGAUGGCGAAUGGGCGUGUGGAGGAUUUGGGGCGGUCAAAGAGUUCAGAGGUUGGGGCCAUGGUCGCAAAGUUCAACAGGGAGAAGCAGGACCUGGAGGAUCUCGCCAACCGCCGCCAACGUGAGAUCGAAUCGAUGGUGCGACAGAUUGAGGACCAGAAGGCCGAGAUUGAGCGGAUGCAGAUUGAUAACGAAGAAGAAAAGGCCGUGCUGGAGAAAGGAUUGGACGAAACACUGCUGGAACUUGCGACCUUGAAAGGCAGUCAGACAGAAAUGUCGUCGGCACUACAAGAGCGCAUCAACAGCCUGACGAGUUCUCACAGGCGCAAGAUGCAAGAGGUUUUCGAUGCGAUCUUAGAUACAUGUAUCAAGAAGGUGGACGAGAGCGUCUUUGACCUCGAAUCGCCGACGCAGCUCGGUAACCAGACGGCCACGCCCGAGUUCACGCUCUCGAUGAUCGAGAAGGCACACACUGCGUCGACCGAGUUUGAAUUAGCCCUAUUACAGUACCUCCGACCAUCCCAGGACGUCAACCAGGUCCAUGCAAUCCAGGCCGCCUUGUUCUUCUCACAAACCAUCGCAGAUGUGCUCGAGAACGCCAAGGGAAUCACGCGGCUGGCCAAGAGGGACGAGGAUGCGGAGGAGAUCAUCCGACAUGCCAAGGCAUCUGCAGGGGCCACGACCGAGUUCUUCACGAACGUCGGGUCUGCGCGCCUGGGCGGUCUCUCUCCCGAGGGCAGUAUCAAGACCAUUGAGCGGUCGAACGAGGCGGUACAGGCGGCUAUGGAGCGAUUGGCCAAGGGGGCCGAGUCCUUGAUCCCGAAGAACAAUCAGCUGGAUCCCUCGAAGAUGGACCUGGGCGAUGUGGUCGAGAUGGAGAUGGGUAAUGCCGCACGGACGAUCGAAGAGGCGACGACGCGGUUGCAGGCAUUGAUAUCGAAGCCCAAGAAUGAUCAGCUGUCCGCUAUCGAAGUGCAGGUGAACGCUUCGAUCCUCGAGAGCGCGAUGGCGAUGAUGCAGGCGAUUGGGUAUCUGAUCAAGUGCGCGACGAUCUCGCAGCAGGAAAUCGUGGCCCAGGGCCGAGGCACGUCUACGAAUGCGGCGUUCUACAAGAGGAAUAACCGGUGGACCGAGGGCCUGAUUUCGGCGGCGAAGGCUGUUGCGAUGGCGACGACCAUGUUGGUCGAGACUGCGGACGGGGUGAUUUCGAAGACGCAUUCGAUGGAGCAGUUGCUGGUGGCGUCGAACGAAGUUGCGGCGGCGACCGCACAGCUUGUGGCGGCAUCGCGGGUGAAGGCCAACUUUAUGUCGAAGGCCCAGGAUAAUCUGGAGCGGGCGUCCAAGGCGGUGACGGAGGCGUCGCGGGCGCUGGUGAGGGCUGUGAAGACGAUUAUGGACCGGGAGAUGAAGGACCGGGAAAGGGAGGUGGAUUACCAGAACAUGAACGCGCACGAGUUCAAGAUCAAGGAGAUGACACAGCAGGUCGAGAUCUUGAAGCUGGAGAAGGAGUUGACGCUCGCAAGACGCGUCCUCGGAGAGAUGCGCAAAGUCUCGUACCAUCAAGGCGACGACUAA